AUGAUUUCGCUCGUAAAGAUUUCGAUUUUCCUGUCAAGCGUCGCAGGGGCGCAAGCUGCCUACCGCGCGACCACUGGAGAUUCGGCGGUCACCUACGCCCAUCGCCUCUUCCAUGACUUUCGCUCCUUGGAUGAUACGGGCAAUCUCUACAACAGCGAGCCUGCAAACAUCACAAAUGAUGAGGACUCGUCCGCAGCUCCUAUCCAGCCAGGGUACCUCAGUUCUGACGCCUUUGUCAACGACUGGGGUAUCCAGACCUGGGAUUCACCUGCGGGUGAGGACAAGCCUUUGCGAAAGCAGUACAGCAACCAGAAUGUCUAUAUCCAGCGCGACAAUGAUACCUCAGCAACCCACCUCGUCCUACGCGCAUACCGCAAUAAGGACUUCGUCUCCGCCGGCGAAAUAGACAGCAAACUGUCCAACAUCUUUCACGCCUCCAUCCGUGUCCGGGCCAGAGUCCGCGGCGACUCCGGAGCCUGCGCUGGCAUCUUCACCUACUUCGACAAUGACAACGAAAGCGACAUUGAAAUCCUGACCCGGGAUCCUACCAACCACAUCCGCUACACUAACCAGCCCGGUCUAGACUCAGACGGGAAUGUGAUCCCCGAGGCUUCUUCUGAUGUUGAAAUGCAGAAUGGAGCCGUGUGGACAGACUGGAAUGACCACCGUUUGGACUGGACUCCUGACCUUAGUUCUUGGUAUCUGAACGGGGAGCAGGCUGUGACGAAGACGUAUGGGAUUCCGAAGAAUCCGAGCUCGGUCAUAUUAAAUCUGUGGAGUGAUGGUGGCGUGUGGUCGGGAAAUCUGGAUGUUGGAUCUGCUGCGUACCUCGAAAUCCAGUGGAUCGAGGUGCUGUAUAAUACAUCGGAUUAG